GAAUAACAACUUUGGAAAUUUGGAAACUUUGAAAUUUCCUACUCAAUUUCCCAGUUUAGUGAGACAAUUUCCCAGUUUAGUGAGAGUCGACUUAGCAGGAAACAAAAUUGCAAAAAUUGAGAACUUAGAUAAAACAAAUAAUAUAAAAGUGCUGGAUUUAUCAGAUAAUAAAAUUGAAGAAAUUGAGACUUUGGACCAGAUGAUAAAUUUAGUUGAUCUCAAUCUAUUCCGGAACAAUAUCCUGAAAAUUGAAAACAUUGAAAAUUUACUUGAUUUAAAUAGUAUUGAUUGAUUUGUGUUGUAACCAAAUCACUGACAUGAUGAUUGCAGACAAUGGGAAAUAUCCAAGUAAUUUAAAGUCGUUGAACUUAUCUUGUAAUUGUAUUAAAACAUUACACAUCACUGAACAAUUGAGUAGUUGCUUAGACGUAAAUUUAAGCUAUAACAAGAUAAAGAAAACUCAAAGGGUUAUCUCAAUGGAGCACUUUGACUCAUUUGGUUUUACCUUUGACGUUGCCAGAAAUGAAUUGUGAAUAUAUUCAACAAUGGCCUAACACAAGCGAAAUUUGAUUGGAAAGAAGGUCAUGGAACCACUUUGACCUUAUUAAUAAGUAUAGAAAAGAAUUUCCCAAGUUAAGAUUUACUUUCUUUGAAGAUAGCAAAUUAAUCAGAGCACAUACCAAUAGAAUUUGAAUUAUAUGAUGUAUAUGAUGUAUAUGAUGUAUAUGAUGUAUAUGAUGUAUAUGAUGUAUAUAAUGUAUAUGAUGUGCAAUUUUACAGUAGGUCCGGAUUGAUGCCAAUUAAACAGUUGUUUGAAUACUCCAUU